UCCAAUGUGUCCUUACAGGUAAGGCCCAGGAGGCCUAUGCUUCCUUAUCAGUGAUUGAUAGUCAGAAAUAUGGGGUUGUUAAGGAGGCAGUGCUACGUGCGUAUGAGUUGGUACCCGAAGCCUACAGACAACGUUUUAGGACUUGGAGGAAAGAGGAACAUCAAACGUAUGUGGAAUUUGGGAGGGAUAUGUUGGUCCAGUUUAACCGAUGGUGUGUAGCAUCAGAGGUUAAAACCUUUAAUGGGCUUUGUGAUUUAAUGACUCUGGAACAAUUCAAAAACUGUGUGCCCGUUGAUAUUGCCACUUAUAUAACUGAGAGGAAAGUGAAGACCCCCCAAGAAGCGGCCAUCUUGGCUGACGAGUACUGUCUAACACACAAAAGUGUAUUUGGUGACUACACGCUUCAAACUGGUGGGUCCAUUCGUACAGGAAAGCAGGGGGAUUCAGGGGUUCUAAAUUCGGAGCAUGGUUCCGGGAAACGGAGUGACCCUAAUGUUUGUCAUUUUUGCCAUAAAACUGGACACUGGAAAAAUUCUUGUUUUUCUCUUAAAGCUAAAGAGACGACAUUGAGUGGUGCACAAAUCAAACCGUCCGCGUUGGCUGCACCUGUAGUCCCCUCACCUCAGCUAAUUGUUAAAAUGGAAGGUGUUCCUGACAUGUUUUCUGCUGGGGGUGACCCUAAGGCUGGGUAUUCAGCAUUCGUUUCAGAGGGUUUUGUUUCACUGUCUGGUGGAAAGGCAAUUAAGGUUAACAUCUUGAGGGAUACGGGUGCGUUACAUACUUAUGUCCGUCGCAACAUAGUUCCAUUCUCCUCCACGUCAGACACGGGCGAUUUCAGUUUGAUGCGAGGUAUGGGUAUGCAGUUAAUUCCGGUGCCCCUACAUAGAAUGAGCAUUGUCUGUGGGUUGGUUAGUGGAGAGGUGGUGGUGGGAGUGCGGCCUGAGUUACCAGUGGAAGGGGUCGAUGUAAUACUUGGAAAUGAUUUGGCGGGGGAUAAAGUGUGGGCUGAGGCUAUAGCUCCAAAUGUGGUUACCCAGGUCCCAGUCUCAUCUUACCCAAGUAAACAAGAGGGAAAAACAGAGGUUUUGCCGGCAUGCGCAGUAACCCAUGCUAAGAAGAAGAAAGUGAAAGGUCUGGGUAAAGAAAUCACCCUCCUCAUGCAGACCCUCAACACACUGAGCACCCCCGAGGAAAAGCUUGGAGGCCUUUGCACGAUGUACGCCGAACUGUUGGAAGAGAACCGUAACACUCAGAAGCAGAUGAAGGUGCUGCAGAACCAGCUGGUCCAGGAGAAAGACAACCUGAGGAACGAGCACAGCAAGGCCAUCCUGGCCCGCAGCAAGCUGGAAAGCCUCUGCAGGGAGCUGCAAAGACACAACCGGACACUCAAGGAGGAAGGAAUCCAAAGAACGCGGCUGGAGGAGGAGAAGAGGAAGGAGGUGACUUCUCAUUUCCAGGUGACGCUGAACAACAUCCAGACUCAGAUGGAGCAGCACGACGAGAGAAACGCCAGCCUUCGACAAGAGAACGCAGGCCUGGCAGAAAAACUCAAGAAACUCUACGAACAGUACAAACUGCGCGAGGAGCACAUCGACAAAGUGGUGAAGCACAAAGACCUGCAGCAACAGCUGGUGGAUGCAAAGCUGCAUCAGGCACAGGAGCUGCUGAAGGAGUCGGAGGAGCGGCACGAGAGAGAGAAAGACUUUCUGCUAAAGGAAGCCGUAGAGUCUCAAAUGAUGUGUGAGCUGAAGUUACAGAGUACCUGUUGGUCUCCUCUCUUAAGGGGGGAGGUGUGACGACCCACCCUGUCUUAACAGGGUGUUCUGUUCAUGUGCAGGAGGAGGGGACCAGCCUGCAUGGGUGUGCCUAGAGGAGGAGGCACACCUGACUCCAAUCAGGCCCAAUAUUUAAGCAGGCUGGUCAGGGCCAUUUGGCCUCUCUCCCCUGCUCAGUAAGCAUGGUUUUCUUUUGGUUGUUUUGAGUUUGUUUGUCUUUAGUUUUCUGCACUUGCACAUACACUACACUUACACACAUCCACACCUGCCAUACACCACUGAUCAAACUGAUGACUCACACCUCACCUUACCUGUUUGAUUGAUUUAAUUAUAAAUAAAUACAUUGUUUUGAACAUUUA